CCUCUCUGGGUUUCCACAGAAAGCGAAGCCGUAACUAACCCUCCGUGUUUGUCCCUUGUCUCACACGGUUGAAGAAAGACUCCCAACAACAGCCCCGUUUCGCACCGCCGAAUUCACAAACUUCGCCCGGCGGCGAGUCUCCAGCGUCCCGGGCGGCACGUUUCGCCUCAUUUCUGCCGGUAUCGGUUCGCAGUCUGACGGGCUGGCCAUCUAAUUACAGUCAUCUACCAUGCUGGUUCAACUUCUGUGAUAUGGGGGAGGCUUAGAGAUGGAUAAGCUGAAGAGCUCGGGUGAGGAGGAGAGCUCCGGGGAGCGAGGAGUGCUCCACACAUGGAGGGGCUACUCCUGCAGCGUCACUCCUGACAAAGUGCUCCUUUCCCGCCCAGUGCUUCAAGCUGCCCUAGGGGCCAAACAUGGGGUUUUGCUGGUGGAGGGUGGACAGGUGUAUAGUUUUGGAGAAUUGCCAUGGAAACAGAACCAAGCUUUAUCAGGAACCACAGAGCCUAUUCUAGAGGCAGGGCUCAGUGAGCAGCACGUUGUUUCCGUGGCUGCAGGUGCCUGUCACAGCGGGGCAGUAACGGAGGACGGUGCAGUGCACAUGUGGGGGGACAACACCUAUGGCCAGUGUGGCCUAUCAGGUCUCUCUGUUGUCCCUAACCCCACCCCUGUGGGUGUGGUGGACUGUGAAGCCACGCCUCCUCAGCCAGUGAGGAUCUUGGAGGUAGCAUGUGGAGAGCAGCACACACUGGCCCUCUCAACCCGGCAUGAGGUAUGGUCCUGGGGCAGUGGCUGCCAGCUGGGCCUGCUGACCACUACCUUCCCUGUGUGGAAGCCCCAGAAAGUGGAGCACCUGGCUGGGAGGCAUGUGCUGCAGGUUGUUUGUGGAUCCUCGCACAGCCUGGCUCUUGUGCGCUGCUUGCCCCCUCCUCAUGAAGCACGCAGACCCCCUUUGGAUAAGUGUGGCCAGUGCAACCAGUCACUCUACACCAUGACCGACAAGGAGGACCACGUCAUCAUCUCGGACAGCCACUACUGCCCCCUAGGGGUGGAGCUUGAGGAGGGUGACAGUAAAUCAGGUUCAGAAGGCAGCUUAUGCCAUGGCAAAGUCAGGAGUUCCCCAUCUGAGCCAAUUCUCUCUGCCCAAACCCCUAAGUCACCAACUGCCUCAUGUUCCAGUGGUGCUCCAGUUUCGGCACCUGCGUCUGUCUCAGAGCUUCAGGACCAGGCACCUCUCACUGAAAAAGAGUGUGUUCAGUCAGCCCCUAAGGGCCAAGAGGAGUCCCAAGCUGCAGUAGUUGAUGGAGAGGUGCCUGAGGUAGCUGCAGAGUCACAUGGGGAUGAGACGGAUGGCACAAAGGCUUCAGGAGGGUUGAUGGCAACAGGGGUAAAAUCCUCCCCGUACCCAGAUGAGCAGGCACUCAAAGACUACCUGAAGAGGCUUUCAGAUCAGUCUCUUGCUGAGCAUGCAUCCAAGAACCCUACUACAGUGCAGUGUGCUCAGCCUCUUACAGAGCCUGCUGACGUUUUCAUCUCUGACCCUGCAACCCCUGUUGCCCAGUCAGUAACCCCUAUGGGCUCAGCCCUGAAUCACCUGGUGAUUUCUUGUGCAUCGGCUGUAGGGGAGAGAGUAGCGUCCACUUAUGAGGCUCUGUCUCUGAGGAAGGUCAUCAGCUACUGGGGUCCAGGAGAGGGCCGCGAGCGUCCGGAGGAGAGGGUGCGCCAGGAGGAGCACCGUCAGGGCAAGAAGAGCUCAAGCUUGGGCGACAUCCGUGAGGAGGAGGCCGAGGGGCUCAACCGCCGCCUCUCGCUCCCCGGCCUGCUCUCACAGGGUACAUGCGCUCUACAUAUCUUAUGCCACCACAUGCUGUCCCCACGUCUUUUGCGGAGGGUGAGUCGUCCACCUGUCCGGGCAGUGGCCCUCACCCCGGUGGGGGUAGCCGAAUCAGACGCUCACCUACCCUCUCUGCAGACGGAGGUGUGGAGCUGGGGGAGGGGUCAAGAGGGGCAGCUGGGACACGGAGAUCUGCUACCCAGACUGCAGCCUCUCUGUAUUAAAGGUCUGAGUGGCAAAGAGGUGAUUAGAUUGGCAGCAGGUGCUCUCCACUCUCUCGUGCUGACUGCACAAUCACAGGUGUAUUCCUGGGGCAGUAACAGCUUUGGUCAGCUGGGACACAUGGAAUCCCCCAGUACCAUCCCCCGCCUAGCCAAGUUGUCAGAAGGCAUCCGUGUAUGGGAUGUGGGGGCGGGGCAGAACCACACUGUUCUAUUGGCUGACGGAGACUGUUUCCAGCCAAUCCUGUAUUACAGCGGUCAGCAGGUGAAAGAGGGGUCGUUGGAGACGUCCCAGGAGCAGACGGGGGGGUGCACGCAGCAGCCUGUCCUGCUGCCGUUCUGCAUGAACCUGGGUUAUGUGAGCAGUGUUUGUGCGGGUGGGCAGAGCUGUGCGGCACUGGCUGACCGUAACGUAAUGGGCUUCAUAGCCAGCCUACAUGAGCUGGCAGCAGCUGAGAGAAAAUACUACUGCAAACUGACCAGCAUAAAGAGCAUCCUGCUGCAGCCUCUACUAAAACUGGAUUCCUUAAGCUCCAACCUUGGACCAGCAUGUACUGGACUUCUACAAAAUUUGGUUGGUCGAUUUGGCCGUCUGUCUCAGUUGACAGGUCAGAACUCCGCCUCUUUGACCUCCUUCCUGAGGCGCUCACGUGAUGUCAGGGGUCUUGUUGUCCUUGACAACGCACACCUGUUCCUGGACACAUAUUCUGAGUACUGCACUGCAAUAGGUAACCUGCUAGUCAUGGGGGGCUUUCAGGCUCUUGUCAAACCUUGCCAGGAUGUGUUUGGGAAGGGAGCAGAGGCCGUGCAGAAGCUGUCUGAGUGUUGUGAAGAUGGAGCGACGCUGGCUGACGUUUUGAUUAAUCUCUUUUACCUCCCUGUCCGCCAUCUCCAUGAAUAUGGCCGCCUGCUGCUUAAGCUAGCAACAUGCUAUGAGGUGAAUUCCAUGGACUACCAGAAGCUUCAGGAUGUCUGCUCUAAGUACGAGUCGCUGGCUCUUCAUCUUAAGAGGAAGAGGAAGGAGGCCGAGUACACACUGCACUUCUGGAAGAGCUUCCCUGGGAAGAUGACAGACUCGCUGCGCAAGCCAUCUCGGCGAUUGGUGUGCGAGAGCAGCAACAAAGCCCUGACUUUGCAGAAUGCUGGUCGCUUCUCUGUCAACUGGUUCAUCCUCUUCAAUGAUGCUCUUGUUCAUGCACAGGGAAUGCUCCCCUCUAAGGGUCUUUUCUCCACUCAUCAUGUCUUCCCUUUGGCCACUCUGUGGGUGGAGCCUAUAUCUGAGGAGAACGCUGGCCUGUAUGGGUUAAAGGUGACCUCACCUGAAGAGAGCUUCAUGCUGCUGGCUUCCUCGCCUUCAGAAAAGGCUAAGUGGCUGCGUGCCAUCAAUCAGACAGUAGAGCAGGCACUGAGUGGAGCAGGGCUGGACACCUCAGGGGCAGUGAUGAGAGCAGACCCGCCAAUCUCCCGGACUGCCUCUUACACCUUCUACAAGGAUAGCAGGCUGAAGGGUGCCACAUAUGAGGGCCGCUGGGUGGUAGGCAAACCCCACGGCAGGGGUGUUUUGAAAUGGCCAGAUGGUAGGAUGUACACUGGAACCUUUAAGAACGGUCUUGAGGACGGAUAUGGCGAUUAUAUUGUUCCUAACAAGACCCUUAACAAAAAUGAUUAUUACCAAGGCCAUUGGAAGGACGGGAAGAUGCACGGCUUUGGGACCUUUAGAUAUGCUACAGGUGAAGUGUAUGAGGGCUCAUUUCAGGAUAACAUGCGUCAUGGCCAUGGCAUGCUGCGGAGUGGCAAACUGAACUCCACUUCUCCCAGCGUUUUCAUUGGCCAGUGGCUGCAUGACAAGAAAACUGGCUAUGGGGUCUUUGAUGACAUUACAAGAGGGGAGAAGUACAUGGGUUUAUGGCAGGAUGAUCAGAGGCAGGGAAACGGCGUUAUUGUCACUCAGUUUGGUCUGUACUAUGAAGGAGCCUUCAGCAACAAUAAGAUGAUGGGGACAGGUGUUUUGCUUUCAGAAGAUGACACUACAUUUGAAGGGGAUUUCUCUGAUGACUGGACUCUGAGUGGAAAGGGCACUUUAACCAUGCCUAAUGGUGAUUACAUUGAGGGUUCCUUCAGUGGAGUGUGGGGCACUGGACUGAAGAUCUCUGGGUCCUACUACAAACCUAACAUCUAUGACUCUGACAAGGAGAAGAGCUGCACACUUAAGCUGGGACGAUUAGCUGUGCCUUCAGAAGAGAAAUGGAAGGCAGUGUUUGAAGAGUGCUGGAGUAGACUCGGCUGUGAUUCACCAGGGCAAGGAGAGACCAGCACAGCCUGGGACAACAUCGCUAUAGCACUGACCAUCAACAGGAGACAGCACAGAGACAGUCCCGAGUUGCUGAGUCGUUCCCAUAACAAAACCCUGGAGAGUUUGGAGUUUAUCCCUCAGCAUGUCGGGCCAGUUACCUUGGAGAAAUACCACAUCAUCCGCCGCUACCUCAUUAAGGCAUGUGACACCCCUCUGCACCCAUUGGGGCGGUUGGUGGAGACACUAGUGGCCGUGUACCGGAUGACGUAUGUGGGUGUUGGAGCAAACCGCAGGUUGCUGCAGCAGGCUGUUAACGAGAUCAAAUCCUACCUCAGCCGCAUCUUUCAGAUUGUCAGGUUCCUCUUUCCUGAUCUUCCUGAGGAAGGCGGCUUGCUGGCUGAGGCUCCAAAUGAAAAGAAAGACUCUGACUCGAAUGGAACCAAAAUAGAGUCUCCAAAACCAGGGCGUGUGGUCAGUAGUUCAGCUCUGCUCCUGCCUGUGUUGCUGCCACGUCUCUUCCCCUCUCUCUUCACACUGUACGCUCUGGAGAAGGAGAAAGAGGACGACGUGUACUGGGAGUGUGUGUUAAGGCUCAACAAACAGCCAGACCUCGCUCUCCUCGCCUUCCUCGGAGUGCAACAGAAAUUUUGGCCUGCGACCAUGACAGUACAUGGAGAGAAGCAGCAGAUUCUCUCUAGCACUAAAGAUGCCUGUUUUGCCUCAGCUGUCGAGACACUACAGCAAAUCAGCACAACAUUCACUCCCUCAGACAAGCUGCAGGUCAUUCAGCUGACUUUUGAGGAGAUAACCCAAGAAGUGCUCUCCUUGCUGAAACAGGACUUCCUUUGGUCCAUGGAUGAUCUGUUUCCUGUGUUCCUCUAUGUGGUGCUGCGUGCUCGCAUAAGGAACUUGGGUUCAGAAGUCAGCUUGAUAGAAGACUUUAUGGACCCAUGUGUGCAGCAUGGAGAGCAUGGUAUAAUGUUUACCACACUAAAGGCUUGCUAUUAUCAGAUUCAGCAUGAGAAGAUCACAUAAGGAACAUCUUUCUGGAAAAUGACUGAGCUGAAUCACCGAAAGACCUACCAGCCAACCAAUAUGCUCAAGCUCAUAUGUAGGACUGGUAACAAGACUUGUAACAAGCCUGUAACUGAACAUCUGAACCUGAUGAUGCAUCUGGAUGAAGGAAAACCCUUUCCUGAAUGUCCUUGCUCUUGCAGCGUGGAUCCUGUUUUAUGUGGUUGAAAAAUGCAGCUAUGCUAAAGCAAUUUUAAAACAAAACCCCUUUUUUCCAUCUUUCCUCAGACAUACUCAGCCUCGCUUUCUCUCCUGCUCGCCAAAAUCAGUUGCUUUCCCUUUUUGAUAUAGUCUGUGAUCCUGCUGUUGUUUUUUUUCUUUGUACUCUUGUGAAUGUAAAAGCUCCAUAGUGUGUGAGCCUGUUGAAGAAGCCACAGAAUGAAGGAAUUUUCUUGAGAAAUGUUCUGGAACAGGGCAACAAAUUUGACUGUAAAAUUCAACAGUGAAUUGAAGGUAAGGUGAAUUUUUUUUUUAAAAGGAUACCAAUUUUUUAGCAGGAUGCCAAUUUUUCAGCCUUGCAAUACAGCAUUCAGCUAAAAGACUGCACUUCUACAUGGAUCUGUAUGCAUCCCAGCGCCCAGAAGGACCAAACUGACCCUGUCUCACUUACAAAAAGCCCACCUGGUUGCACAUCGCUGAAGGCGGAUGCUUCAUAAAUCUAUGAAGGGCAGUUGAGAUGUUGCCCAAUAAACAAGUGACCUCUUCCUCUGAGUCAAGAAUAUGAUUGGUGGGGAGUCAGAAAUCCCUGCUGCUAAUAGCCAAUCAGAUGCAUGGAGUUUUGUCCUGCUUGUUUCCAUGGAAACCUUGUCUGCCAGGAUUUUUAUCACUGCAGAUGUCAUGGGUUUGUGUACUUUUCUUAAUGUGAUGUGAUCUCAGUUUUCUGGGAAUAUGAAGUAAAGUAUUUUGCAUAUUGAAGGUAUCUUACUUGAAAGAACUUCAGAGUUAUGUAACAGUAUGUGCUGUUAUGAGUUUGGUAACUGUACUCAUUGAACACUCAGUCGUUUGUUUUAGGAAAACCAUGAACACAUGCAUUUUUAUCAGUCUGUAUUAAUGGCAACAGAUCAUUGGAUCUUCCCUUGAAUGACGCUAACUUCACAAUAUUACAGUCUGGGGGAAUUCCACUGAUUUGUUUACACUGUAGAGAUGGAAACAAAGUCAGCGUGACAAUGUGAAAUAAUGCACUAUAUAUAAAAACUCAACUCUGAUUUUAGUGGUGGUGACAGGAACCAGGGAAUGUGAUGUCUACAAUGCAAAUAUAGCUAAUUUUGUGUUAAUAAUAGUAAAUUAGUGGUAAAGCAAGUGAAAUAAGUUUUCUUUGAGUUCUGUUUUGCCUUACAAAGCCCCACAUUUUAGGCCAAAACCUUAUCUAUUGAAAAAGAAUGUCUCAGGUAUCAGGAAGUGUAUUAAUAACCACAAUCUGGUUCCUGUCACCAUCAUUUUGAACAAAUCUGACUGUAUAUUUCUUUAGAACGGAGUAUUUCGCAUCACACCACACUGAAUGACUUUGUUUACAUCGUAACCAUGUAAUUAUUUAUGCAUUUUGAAAAAUCAGUCCAAUUCUCAUGUCAAACAUUUUAAAGUAUGUUCUUUUUUUUAUUAUUACCAUGAAAGCUCACUGCUACAACGGCAAAGCUACAAAGGUGCUGUUUUGCAUCAAGGGGUUUUGCUCUAACAGCAGUGAAAAGAUGGUAACAGUGUGUAAAAUCACAAUUAUUUAUGUUCAGCUUUUGUCUUGGGGGUUGAUCAAAGUACGCUCAUGUGACAAAUGUACCUCUGCUCACUGGUGUUUGUUCAGUCACUGCAUUCAGCAAUACCUUUCACAGUAUUUCAGAUCCAGUGUUCUGAUAUCAUGACUUUUGUUUUUAAUGGUUGAAGAUUUUAUUUAUUUGAUGACUGGGUCUGACUGCAAUGAUAAUCUGAGCAGUGUGGAUAAUCUGAGUAAUAAUCCAUCUGAUAGGCACUGUGCUUGAAUGACCUCAGAACCUGAUGGAAUGGACAGUAAAAUGAAUGCUUGUAGAAUGCUAAUAAUCCAGGAUCUGCCCACCAGUGUGUUCAAAUUCAAAGAUAACCAUAUAUUUGUUUUUCUGCAGCAAAAAGGCAGUAGGACACUAGCGUUAAUGCUACUGAGUGCUGACUGAAGUGUUGGAUGAGAUUUCUCAGAUUAACAUUAGGUAAAAUAAUUAAGGUUCAUUAUUUCCCCAACGACUGCAAAUAGCUCCUUUUUAAGUCCUUUUAUUAAAAUGAAAGGGUUAGGUUAUUGUUAAAUACAAGGUUAGGUACACUCCUAACCAGGUUAGCUAGCUAGUUAGCUAUCUUACACACUAGUAGUUAGUAAUUUAUGUAAUUUUUUAACUACAGCAAAUCUUCCCUCAAACAACUUGCUCUAACAAACUUUUACACAGUGGUAAUAUGAGGUACCUCACCAGCAGUUAAGCCAGUAAACUAGAUAGUUUACAUGGUGUACUAGGUAACUGGCUAAUCUCCCACCCAAGCUGAGGGUUUGCUUAUCCUGUGGUUUAGCCUGCAGGGCUGCAGCGAGAUGUCAAGCUCAUACAAAACACCAUUUUUUAGUUCAAGCUUAAAUCUGAUUUUUGUCAGUGUUCUGUAAAACGCAUCUAUUCUCAAAACAUUUGCUGCGAGACAUUUAAUGGAGCAGAGAUAUCAAUUCAUCCUGGGCAUAGACAUAUGGAGAACUUAGCAGUGAGAUUUCAGGGCUUUUGACUGGUCUUUGGUUGAGUGUGUUUGUAUGAGUGGGAGAAACAGGUGUUGAUUGUGGGUUGAUGGACAUCUUGCGACUGUUUACUGCAAUUUCAUGUGAUGUUACAGAAUUAUUUUUUUCUUCAAUGAAGGUUGUAGUUCAUACUUCCAGGUCAGUUUUCAGCUAUUGCUUCUAUUCUUGACUGUUUGAAUGUUGUCUUUUGAAGAAUGAACGUCUGUCCAGCUGGUACCUUCUGUACUAAAUUGUCUGAGUAACUGCAGAGGGCAAUAAAAUGACUGAUGGAAAUUCCUAA